UAUGAGGAUCCCCCAACAGUGUGAAUGUUCUGCCCACCCUGCUAAUAUCGUGUGACAUCAAGAGAGGAGCUGCCGAACCACAGAGAUAACUGCAAAUUUUGCAAAGAUGAGGAAAAGGAAACUGUGAUUCUUAACACAAAUCUGAGAAGGAAAGACGGAGAGAGUGAGUGAUACAGCUCGGGCCAUUUUCCCUUAAACUGAAGGCUGAAAAAGAAAGAAAAGAUGAAGACCGUGGCUAUCCUGGCUCUCUGCUUCUUGGUAGUUAUCUGUGUCGCUUCGGAUGCUGCCACCGACCCUCAGCCUGCUGGUGACAACCCUGCUGAGGAGGGUUUGUUUGUGGAGAGGGAGCAGGCCUCCACGGUGGUGAGGCAGAAGAGAGCUGCUGGACAGUUAUCCUUGGUACAGCUGGAGAGCCUGAGAGAAGUGUGUGAGGCCAACGUGGCUUGUGAGCACAUGAUGGACAUAAACGGCAUCAUCGCCGCCUACACUGCCUACUAUGGACCAAUCCCCUAUUAGAGGCUACAGCUGACUGCGCACCAGAGCUGCCUUUUUUCUUGCAUUGCCACCUCUGAGCUCGGCUUUUUCUUUGUCUAAAAGUGUGGCAGACGGAUCAGACUGGAAGAAACCAAACACCAGCAGGUGGAUUUACUUUCUUUCCUAACUGCACCUUCAAGAAUAUCUCUGUAAUUCUGUCAUUUUUCUCCGCCUGUAGAGUUGAAACGGAAUAAAAAUGAAUAUCAUUCUGC